CCCCAGCAAACGACCCCCAGAGCGGGUUCGCGGCCCCGCCACGGCGCGCAGGGCCCCCGGGAUGCCUCCGCUUAACCGGGGUCUGUCCGUUUACCCCACCAGGAGCGCGUAAAAGGAAGUUAAAUCCAGCCGCUCCUCCCAAAGUUUGCGAGAGGUUGUAGCUUUCCUGUAGCUCUCUCUCUCUCUCUCUCUCUCUCUCUCUCUCUCUCACUCACACACACACACAGAUAGCAGUGAUAGCUACUAAAAGGGGGAAAGACGAGUUGUCAGCACUUCAGUCGCUCAGAUCUGAAAGUUAUCUCGCCCUAUUUGAUCGUUUUUGGUCUUUAGAGUCAUGUGAGGUGACCUGUAAUGUCCACGGAGCAGGAGAAAGAUUCGUUUUCGCUCAAAAGAAACAGAGGAGGAGAUGGUGGUCUUGAUGUAUUAGGAGGGCCAGGCCUGCUGCUGGGGAGCCCGGACAAGAAGAAACGCAAGUCCAGUACACAGACUCCUUCCUUUGCACCACUGUCCGAAUAUGCUCCUCCGGCGAACCCCAGCUCCGAUCACUUGGUGGCCACCAAUCCUUUUGACGACAACUACAACUCUCCUCUUCCCUCACUGAAGCCGCUGAACACCACCAACCCUUAUUUCGGCCCCUCUCUCUAUUCAGGAUUUGGUGGCUAUGGCCCUCCCCGGUUGGUGCCCCAUAUCCAGAAUAGGAUGCCCUCUCCUUAUGGGGGACCUUACCAGAUGCGGAAUCAGCCACCACACCCUUUCGCCCAGAACCCAAUGGGCCCGAUGGGUAUGGGCUUCAGCCGGCCGCCCAGCUUUAAUUAUGGGCAUCCGGACAAUCCGGCAUUCGCUAAUCAGCCCAUGUUUAACAAUGGCAGCGGCAUGCACCUUCCACCUGGACAACCCUUUAGACCAGGUCCUGGAGAGAACUUGAACCAGUUGCCCCUUCCCAAUGUGAAUCAAAACCAAAGUGGUCCGGAUGGCUCAGGUCCAGGGUUCGGUCCAGAAGGAACCGGGAAUCUGCCACUGGCGGUCAAACCAAGCCCUGAUAUGAGCCCUGGACUCCCUCAGCCACCCAGCAACUUUGGCCAGUCCAACACGCCCACAUCCACACCCAAACAGGACCCAAAUGAAACCACAAACAGCAAAAACGCCAGCCAGAAUAUCACAUCGCCACGGAAGCAGAGCCAGACUUCCGAGGAGGGAGGUGGAGGUCAAGACGCCCAGGUGGAGCCUAAGGGAAAGAACAGGGGAAACGUCUCGGCCGGCCUAGAUGGAGGGAUGGAGAAGAUCAAUGGUAUGAUCCACCCCAGCACCGACCCUUUGAAGAAGUCCCCUCAGCCUCCUGAAACCCCUACAGAGAGGAACCGGAGGCCCGGGACUACGUGCCGCAGUGGCACUGUUUUGGCCAAUAAUAAACCUUUGGCUCACCCUAGCAGGCCAAACAACUCCGCCUCCUUGUCAGAGCCUGUAUAUCCGUGUGGAAUCUGCCUCAGCGAGGUGAAUGAUGACCAGGAGGCCAUUUUGUGUGAGGCCUCCUGUCAGAAGUGGUUCCACAGGGUCUGCACAGGGAUGACGGAGACGGCCUAUAACUUGCUGACGGCCGAGGUGGACGCUGUGUGGGGCUGCGACAGCUGCAUGGAGGAGAAAGGAGCACAGCUCCUUAAAACACGGGAGAAUCCAGGCCCACCUACAGCGAAGAGCGAGGGACAAUCUUGAAUGUUGUGUUGUGUAUUUUUUUGUUUUUUUGUUAUUGGAGAAGUUGCCAAUGCAGACGUAUCUAGCUGCAGUUCUGCAGACUAAAGAUACAAAGAAGCCCCAUGUCAGGGUGGAUAUAAAUUUCUUCUUCAGAGUAAAAAGGUUGAGGCUUCUUCUAGUUAGUUAGCUAGCUACCUUCAGGCUUUAUCUAGCUUGUUUACUUCAGCCUAAGCUGAGGCUUCUUCCAAACUGAUUUCUUCUCUAAAAUAAAUAAAUCAGGGUUAAGGUAAGGGUAGCUAACUUCAGCCCAACUUGAGGCUUCUUCUAGCUAGCUAACGUCUAGCUAGCUAACUUCAGCCCAUGUUGAGGCUUCUUUCAAGCUGAUUACCUUUUCAAAUAACCAGAGUCAGCUGGUUACUGAAAGAGCAGUGUGUCCAACGGAUGUAAUUAGAAUUGCGAAUGCUAACUUCUGCCCGAAUCGGCGUAUUCCAAACUGAUUGCUCGAUAAAAUUAAGAGUUAGGGUGAGAGUGAAGUAGUUAGCUGGCUAACAUGCACUAAAAGAAGUUUUAAAAGAUGAGGCUUCUUCCAGUUAGCUACCUAGCUAACUUCAGCCCAGACUGAGGCUUCUUCCCAACUUAUUUCUUCUGGAAAAAUAAAUGGAUUUGGGCUAAGAUGAAGGUUAGCUAACUUCAGGCCAACUUGAGGCUUCUUCUAGCUAGCUAAUGUCUAGCUAGCUAACUUCAGCCCAUGUUGAGGCUUCUUUCAAGCUGAUUACCUUUUCAAAUAAACAGAGUCAGCUGGUUACUGAAAGAGCAGUGUGUCCAACGGAUGUAAUUAGAAUUGCGAAUGCUAACUUCUGCCCGAAUCGGCGUAUUCCAAACUGAUAGCUCGAUAAAAUUAAGAGUUAGGGUGAGAGUGAAGUAGUUAGCUGGCUAACAUGCACUAAAAGAAGUUUUAAAAGAUGAGGCUUCUUCCAGUUAGCUACCUAGCUAACUUCAGCCCAGACUGAGGCUUCUUCCCAACUUAUUUCUUCUGGAAAAAUAAAUGGAUUUGGGCUAAGAUGAAGGUUAGCUAACUUCAGGCCAACUUGAGGCUUCUUCUAGCUAGCUAAUGUCUAGCUAGCUAACUUCAGCCCAUGUUGAGGCUUCUUUCAAGCUGUUUCCUUUUAUAUAAACAGAUUAGCAUUAAAGUGAGAGUCAGCUGGUUACUGAAGGAGCAGUGUAUCCAACGGAUGUAAUUAGAAUUGCGAAUGCUAACUUCUGCCCGAGUCAGCGUAUUCCAAACUGAUGGCGCCAUAAAAAUAAAAGGCUUAGGGUGAGAGUGAAGUAGUUAGCUGGCUAACAUGCACUAAAAGACGUUUUAAAAGAUGAGGCUUCUUCCAGUUAGCUACCUAGCUAACUUCAGCCCAGAUUGAGGCUAAAUGGAUUUGGGCUAAGAUGAAGGUUAGCUAACUUCAGCCCAAAAUAGUUUCUUCCAAGCUGAUUUAUUUUUUUAAAUAAAUGAAUUGUGGUGAAGCGGAGGGUUAGCUAGUUAUGUAAAACACUGAAAGAGUGAUUCUAAGUUAUCUUGCUGAUGUAAUUUGAACCAUAAACAUGUAACUACAGCAUACGGUCUCUGAAACAUUGCUAACAAACCUCUGCUAGUGAACUUUCAGCUAACAUUAAUAGUAGGUACUUCACCAACAGCUUAGCUCCCUGGCUAACUUAGUCAGAUAUCCAGCUAGAUAACUAGCUAGCUAGUUUUUGCCCAAGCUGAGGUUUCUUCUGCCAAAGCCGAGGCUUUGCCCUUCCUGGGCCUUUAUCUGCAGGGAUGCAGCUAGACUUCACUGUGCCGGUGUGAACGUCAAAGUUAUUUCCUUCUGCGCUCGGUUUCAGUGCUCUUUGGGGAGAGCUCAUUUUCUCCACUCGCCUCUCCUCUUUUCUCUUGCGGUAGUUGGUCUGUAAAAUGUUGCAAUCUCCAUUUGAAACAAAGAGGAGAGGCUUUUAUAAGUUUCUUGCUUCAUCCAGUACCUUUGCUCUAUAAAAUCUCCAUCUGUUUGGAUUGAAGUGUAAAUACAGAGACCAGGGCUUUAGCUUUGUAUCGUCUGAGGUCAGAUGUCUUCCUUGUGCCUGCCCGAACUCAUCUUCUGGUGUAGAAAUUCAUCAUUCGAAUACUUGGACCGUUUUCUCUGAGCCCGUGGUUCCAUGCUGUCUUCCCGGCCUCCUCUUAGGUACCUUGUAUGGUGGAUUCUCUGGUUUAGAGGUUGAUCCAUAAUUUCUGCGAAUGGUGCGUUCAGGUACAUUCGGCUAAACAGUUUGGAUUAUUUUUUGAAAUCGUUCAGUAAGCUUGUAUGUAUGCUGGUGAGGAGAAACGGUUUGCUGCUAUACGUGUUCACUGUUUGGCUCAACCUGAACUCAAGGUUGAGGGUUCAGUGUUUUCUGUCCAGUCGUGAGUGCUGUGUGCCAAAGGAAGAUGAGUCAGAAACUCAGAGCAGCUCAGUAAAGGCCCGUGAAGAAGGCUGGAUUGUAAAAAGUGCUCUAGUUGCUGCCUUUGAACAUCCGCUUGUAAUUUGCCAAAGCUAUAUGUCAUUAUGGCAGAGCAGCGAAUGAAGAACUAAAGCUUGUGAGCUCGGUUGGUCAAAGCUCCUGGCGCCGAAUGUAGCGAUUAUCAUUUUUGGCUACUGUAGCAUUUUCCGAUUGGUGACCAGAGCGAUCCAAUACAUUCGUUGAUUUCUCUUAAUGUAGAGGAUUGAUGUGUCACAGUCUGUAGUUGAGUCGUAGUGAGCAUCGUAGCUUGCUUGUGCUCUGUAACUUGCCUCGUUCUCCUUCUUUUCUCAUUUAUUUCAUUCAGUGUGCCGUUUAUUAUGUGAGUGCUUGUAGCGUAAGUGCUCUGGUCCAGCAAAGGUCACAGAGAGCCCCUAAUAAUAAUGACGAUAAUGAUAAUAAUAACAGAGAAACUGAUUGUGUGCACUAAAAUGCUUUUGAAUAUAUCAGUCACCUUUUGAUGUUUAAUUGCAUUUCCUUAACUGGUUUUCUCUGCUUUUUUUCCAUUUUUUGAUGAGAUUGUAUUACUUGAAGGUGGUUCGAGAACAACUUUAUUAAGAAAUUGCACAGAAUAUAUCAAAUGCUAUAGAUCAAAUGCUUUUUGAUCAGUUAAUUUAAUCAUUCAUAUGACAAUUUGUCAUUUCCUACCCCUGGAUUGUAAUAAAAGAGCCAUGUCCAUGUAAUCUUAAAGACAUCUUUGUUUCAAAAGACUGUAAAUGUAUAUUCCCACAUCGAGAGGAUGGAUGUUUUUCAUUCAUGUUGUCUACUGUUGAUGUUUUAUACAUCUGAUGUUUUGAAUUUGAUAUUGUUCUAAUAUUGUUUUGCUUUUGACUAUAGCGUGCAGCAGUUGAAGCAGUGUGGCAUCCUGAAUGUAAAGUUCAAACACGAUCUCCUCUGUAAUUUGACAGUGCAGAUGUGUUGCGGUGAUGAUCUAGUCUUGUCGUAGUCCUGUUUUUAUGUACCAAGGAAUCGCACACACAAAUGCCCCAUUUAAAUACAAAUAUUAUUACAAUUCUUUUUUUAACACGCCCUCAGCAAAUUCAGCGGAAAACUUUUUUUAACAUGCCCUCAACUCAAUUCAGAAGUGCGUUACACCAAUUGGAACACUCCCUUCCUCUACUAGAUGAGCAUUGUGAGAAAAUCAGUCAGUCUUGGUAACUUUGUAAUGUAGCACCAUUUUUUUCUGAGAAGUCUUAACAUUAUGUACAUGAUUUUUUGGCUAUAAGCUUUGGUUUAAAACUGGAGUGUUUUGUAAGGCUGUCACUAUCAAAUAUACAAGCGAUCAAAUAAUCCAGUGAUAAUUUAGAUGAAUAGUAUAGUCCGUUUGUUUUUGUCUUUUUUAAGGCUAAAUAAUGAAAAAUUAGCUGAUGUCAACAUCAUUUACUUAGAUUUGGAAGUAACCUGGGUUCCACCCCUAUGCUGCUAGCACUUUUAUGGGGAUGUCAGUGUUUCGUUAGUACCAAGCUAACACUUACUGCUUAGAGUUUAACUUUAAGUUUAAUUUAGGCCAGCUCUGCUUGAACACAGACAUUUGACAUUCAGCUGGCGUUUACUUUUUAUGUUCCAGAUGUCCAGUAAAAACUGACUCUAUGUUAUUGGGUGAGCCUUUUAGCCUGUUAGCUGUCUGCUGAGCUGAUUAACCUACACAGAGUUAACCCAAACCUUUUAUGUAUGUGCAGUAUGUAAAUUUACUUCAUAUGCAUGCAGGUUGUCACUUCAAACAUACGUGCAUUCAUGAGAUCCUGCUGGUGUGGGUUUUCUCUCUUUCAAUAAUGCAAAUAAAAGUUAUUUGAGUGCUAAUAGCUCCCCCUUGUGGAGAAUCUCCAGUAUGCUAAACAUGACUUUAGAAUGAUCUGCAGAUACCCUGUUUAUCAUUAAAAUUGCAGACUAAUAACUAAAACCAAAUCAUCAGGAAUGUACAUUCUAAUCCAUUUUUAGUUGAUCAAUCGUGACGGCCCUUCUUUUUGGUGUUGCUAGCUGUGUAGCCUUUAGCAUGCAAACUAGCAGAGUAAUGAAGUAUCAGCAGUCCUGUAUAACAGAUGGGGCAGAUUGCUACAUUUAUCAUAGUCACAGCAAACUGAAUGGUGUACACUUAAAAAAGAUGGUUCUUCAAGUGUUCUUUAGUAAAGGCAGUGGUUCUAUUUAGAACCAUUUCAAGCUUAAAUGGUUCUUUGCAUGGUUAAAAGGUUCUUCAGAUUCAUGGUUGCAACAAUAGAAGAACUCUUUUUGGUGCUAUAUAGAACCCUUUUCAAAAAGGUUCUAUAUAGAACCAUAUACAACGCAUUCUCUGUCAAACUCAAGAACUAUAUCACCAUGCAAAGAACCAUUUGUGCAUGAAAUCGCUCUUUGCAUGCAGAAAAGGUUCUUCAGAUUAAUGGUUCUAAAAGAAGAACAUUUUUGGUGCUAUAUAGAACUUUUUCAAAAAGGUUCUAUAUAGAAACCAUAUACAACAUGUUUUCUGUUUAUCUCAAGAACUGCUUCAACAUGCAAAGAACCGUUUAAGCAGGAAAAAGUUCUUUGCAUGGUGAAACAGUCCUUCAGAUUGAUGUUUGUAGCAAUAGAAGAACGCGUUUUGGUGCUAUAUAGAACCAUAUACAACACAUUCUCCGUCAAUCUGAAGAACCAUUUCAGCAUGCACAGAACCAUUUAAGCAUGAAAUUGUUCUUUGCCUGGUGAAAUGGUUCUUCAGGUUCAUGGUUGCAACAAUAGAAGAACGCUUUUCAAAAGGGUUCUGUAUAGAACCAUAUACGACAUUCUCUGUUGAUCUAAAGAACUGUUUCAGCAUGCAUAGAACCAUUUAAGCAUGACAUUUUUCUUUGCAUGCUGAUAUGUUUUUUCCAGAUGGUGGUGGAUGGUUCUAAUGGUAGAAGAACCCUUUUAAAAAGGUUCUCUAUAGAACCUUAUACAACACAUUCCCCAUCAAUCUGAAGAACCAUUUCAGCAUGAAAACUCAUGGUUCUAAAUAAAACCAUUGCCUUUACUAAAGAAGCCUAAAGAACCAUUUUAAGAGUACUUUUGAGAUAUGAAGCAUUUUCAAAUAUUUUUAUUUCUAUUACUUUUGAACAGCUUAGUGCAGCAUUUUUGUGGAGUUUGAAGACAAAAUUGCAUCAGACCACUGUAAUUUCUGGGCAGCUUCUGCUGCUGAAGUAGACUCGGUUCACUCGGUUCCUGACCCCUCAGAGGGCUCAUCUAAUAAACUUUGACUUGAGCUAAUAAAGUAAUGGAACGGUCCUUGAGCUGGCAUCUGGGGUUUCCCCAAGGCCACGUUUACGAGGGCAUGUUAAAAUCAGUAUCGAAACAAGUGUUUAGAGAACGUCUUUCUCGGUUCCUACAGUUCACGCAUUGUUCUCUAUCUGUUUCUCCUGCCGCAUCUUCAGUGCGGUUAUACUGAAUCUAUGACUGUGACCGAACCGUUGGAGAGAAAAACGAACAAAAACGAAUUUCUCCUGUAUUAUAAACAUGUUAUAAUUUGCUCAAAUGAUUAUUUUUCCUCUCAUAUAAAAAAGCAGUUGCUUGUUUUUGAAGUGCUUGGCUGUAUGAAGACUGUUUGACACCUGGUGCCUUAGCCUUGCUUCGCUUGUUUAAACCAUGACAGAUCAGGAAUAGAAGGCACUGUGUGUGGUCACAUGAAUACCAUAUGGAGCACCUGGUGCAACUGAUUUGUUCGCAGACGCUGAAUGUACAGCUAAAAAUAACCCUAAAUGAAAGAUUAACAUGGACUAGUGACGAUAUACUCAGAAUCUGGCUCAGUAAUUAUAUCAGAGGCAGAUUCUCUAAUGAUGCCUCUCAGUUCACGUGUGGGUUGUUUUAAUACACUGACUUUGCCUUUGUUACGUGUGCCAUUCAAAUGAAUUAAAUGGACUUCACAUGGUAAAGUUAAA